AUGAAUAAGUACAUUUUGUCCAAAGAAAGGAGGUCGGAAAUAGAGUCCAUAUUUAACGAAUUUGAUAAGAAUAAAAAUGGAUUAGAUGGGAAGCAGCUAAUAUAUUUACUAAAAUCGAUUGGGAUAUACCUUAACAAAGACGAAUCGGAGGCUUUAUUGGACGAAUGUAGGAUACACGGUAACCUAAAUUUAAAUAAUUUCUACGCCAUUAUGCAAGAAUUUUACUAUGAUGAAAAUAUUGGAAAAAUGCUAUUAACGUCACUGCAAGCUCAUACAAGGGAAAGCGCUAAAACGAUUACCAUUGCGAAGCUAAAAAACUUGUUGAUGACGUUGGGCACUGGUGUGAGGCUCACAGAAGAUGAAGUAGACGCCUUUUUAAAUGUAGAAUUCAAUGCGAAUAAAAACAAGGACAUAUCAUUUGAUGAUUUUAUAUACAAGUAA